AUGGAUCAGGGACUGAGUGCGGAAGCCUUUCAGAGGGCGAGAGCGCUGCACGGUAAGAACGAGGUGUCCCCAGAGGGAGACGCGUUUCCUUUUAAAGCGUUUCUGAAAUCGUUGCUCACGUGGCGUGUAAUUGUUUUGGGAGUCGCGACAGUCAUCCUGGGUGCUGCCUUAGUCAACGGUACGAGCGGCGUUACACUCCAUGCAGUAAGCGUUGUCGGAGCAGUUCUGGUUAUUCAUGCCGUGUUCGCAUACAUGAUGGAACACCGCAUUCGCAGCCGUGAUAUCAACCAUAAUAGGCUCAUAGUGCAUAGUAUCAAGGUUAUUCGACAAGGGAAAUUAGAUGAGUGCGUACCAGAGGACAUCGUGCCUGGGGACCUACUCCCUUUCAGUGCAGGGGACUAUGUGCCUGCUGAUGCCAGGAUCAUUGAAUCAGAAGGUCUUAUGAUUGACGAGUCCGUGCUCUUUGGCACCGAGGAACCUGUGCAAAAGGUAGGGGUGGAUAUUCAAGAUAGUACUGUACCGCCUCAAAAACAGAAAAACAUGGCGUUCGGCGGGACCUACGUUGUAGCAGGGCAUGGAGUUGCAAUCGUUGUGCAGACAGGGAGGCAGUUGGAAAUAUGGAAACAACGUCCGAAUGCGCGUCCAACGCUCGUCUUGAAUACCCUCGCUGAAGAGCGGCAAGAAACUAUUGAGACAAUGUCACCUGGCGGAAAAAUUCCACAGGGUGCCCCACACUUAGUGUUCACAGCAGGACUCGGUGCUUCUGAUGGGCAGGAUACGGACAGUGCCGACCUCUUUAACACACGGACAACUUCCGAGAUGGAACUGUCCCCCCAGAUCGCCAUCCAAAAGGACGUGAAAAAACUCGGCUACCAACUGGAAAGUGUGAAGACUCGACUUCCGUUGGUGAACACGUAUCCCUUGAACCCUAACUACCCCUAUCAAAUGCAAGUGUUCGAGUCAGCACCUGAAGAUUAUCUUAAUAUCAUCUUUGGAGAUGCUCCAACAGUGCUUGACACCUGCGGUUAUGUGCUCAUUAAUGGCGAAGUUACACCCUUAUCAGACGACAGGUACGAAAUGUAUCAUGAAAUCAUAGACUAUCUGAUGAGUACGAAAACACAGGUCUAUGGCGUAGCCUUUCAUUCCUCUGAUGUUAUUCUGAAACCGCAGGAAAUGGAAUACAAUCCCAUCUUUUUAGGGUUUAUCAGUUUUUCUGCCAACAAUGAUGAACGGACGAAGGCAAUCCUGAAGUCCAGCCUUGAUACUGGACUCAAAAUUAUCCUCAUCACUGAAAGCGAGGAGCAAGAAACAGUCGAUCUCGCGAAGGAUCUUGGGCUUAUCCACAACCGGAAAGCAGUGGUGUCAAAGGAUGAACUUGAA